CAUUGAUGAAUGUUUGGUUAUCAAAAAUAGAAACAUGUAGAGUCUAGCCUCACAGCUUUAUCCACGAUCGUAAUUGAUCAAAAAUGGAGAAUCGAUAGCGAAUAAAAAUGUAUGAAGACGCUUUUAUCAACCGCUCUCCAUCGGGCAGCACGACCAAUUCUCGCAGAGGAACAUACGUGUUUGCUUUAGAUGAUCAAAUUCAAUCAACUUUCGGCAAUUCUUAUGCAGCUUCUUCACCCGGAUUACUCGCUGAUCAUCAUGGUCCGCUUUCCAGUACCGCAACCAGUAGAAGGUCAAGCGUUCAAUCAGCCAACAACAACAACACCAUACCUACUGCAGCACCCCAAAAGCGGGUAAGGAAGCGUGAUCGAUUCUUACAAUUCGCAAAGAUGAAAAAUCCAACAUUAUCUAUUCAAAUUACUCCUGAAUGGACAGUGGAUUUCACCUAUGCAGAGUUGUUGCAAUAUACAUGUAUGGCAUUGACAGGUCGUAGAAUCGUCCAAUUUUAUUGGCCUUUAGAAGUCGACCCUAGGCUAAGAACCAACCAAGCCUCUUUACAGCAUUUACUCAAAACGCCAAUGAUGAUUUAUUGGAAUAUGGCAAUCUUCAUUCUUGCUUCUGCUUCCAUCGAAGGUCGUAAGCGAGCUGAACAAUUAGGCUUGCGAAGGACAUGUUUGAUGUUAUGUUUUGCGCUCUUUGCUUGUUCUUGUGUCGUGGCACUUUGGCCAAUCGAAAAGAUUGACCAAAAGAUCAUGCUUCAAGUACAAACACCAAUAGAAGACAUCCAGUUUAAAAUCCCGCGCUGGGGUGCAAAGGACUCUGCGGUACAGAUAUGCCAACAAUCUGGCAGUGAUGGAAAUACUAAAUGCAGGAAAGCCGCAUCUCCACAGAUAGACACAUCCGCUGCUCUCCUCGACCAGCUAUCACGACCAUGCUCGGAGGACUACGACGACAAGCCUCCAUCUUUUGUCCGUCUCCGCACGGAUGAUGAUCACACAAUUCUGGUAUUAUGCAACAAUGCCAAUGUACAACAAUCUGUGUAUACUACAAAUGAUUUAUAAUUACAAAUUGAUGAAUUCG